AUGAAAUUGAUGCAAAAGGGAAUUUUUGAGUUUUCUCAGUUUCUGAUACCCCAUGACAUAUCGGGCUGGAAUCUGAAAACACUGAAAAUCUUCUCCUCCUCCUCCUCCUCCUUUUCCUCUUCCUCAUCAUUUUCCUCCUCCACAUUUUCCUGCUCGUCCUCAUUUUCCUCCUCCUGCUUCCUCCUCUCCUCAUUUUCCUGCUCUGUUUCAUCCUCCUCCUCCUCAUCAUCAUUUUCCUCCUCCUCAUUUUCCUCCUUGACCUUUAACUCCUCCUCCUCAUUUUCCUCCUACACACUUUCCUCCUCCUCCUCCUCAUUUUCCUCCUACAUACUUUCCUCCUCCUCCUCCUCAUUUUCCUCCUACAUACUUUCCUCCUCCUCCUCAUUUUCCUCCUACAUACUUUCCUCCUCCUCCUCAUUUUCCUCCUACAUACGUUCCUCCUCCUCCUCAUUUUCCUCCUUCACCUUUCACUCCUCCUCCUCAUUUUCCUCCUUCACCUUUCACUCCUCCUCCUCAUUUUCCUCCUACAUACUUUCCUCCUCCUCCUCAUUUUCCUUCUACAUACUUUCCUCCUCACCCUCCUCCUCCUCCUCCUCUUUUUUCUCCUCCUUUUCAUCCUCCUCUUCCUCCUCCUCAUUUUCCUCCUACAUCUUUUCUUCCUCCUCCUCCUCCUCCUCCUCCUCCUCCUCCCCUCCUCCUCCUCCUCCUCCUCCUCCCUGCGAGUCGGUUUCGCUACAAUGGAAUUAA